UAAUCUACUAUUUCACUAUUUUUGUCGUUGUUUGCACUCUAGCACAUUAGUGAUUGGUGUUUUGAUGAUUAAUAUUUUGGUUUAGUAGUUUCCAUUAGUGUCGGAACGGCUUCCGAGUUGAUCCGUGAAGAUUGACCGAGGCAAAGCGCGCUUUUCCUUCUACUGUAGAAGCUCUCCGUAGUUGGUUUUGAGUUUUCGCACCUUCUGUCGCUUAAGUACACUCAACUAAACAAGAAAACUAGCUUAUUUAACCCACCCACCAAAAUCCACAAGCACAAUGUCCAUAAUAGGCAAUAAUAUCGAUUACCAGCAGAACGCUGACUUUGACCCGAACAUGGCAUCGCCCUCGCAGGCUAGUCCAUUGGCGGGCGCAGGAACCAUGCCCGGAGCCGCCGGACUUUCGAACAGCGCCGCCGGGAACAGCAGUAGUUCCGGCAGUAGCGGUCAGAAAAACUCUUCGUCGGCAGGGGCCGGAUCCAGUGGUUCCGGCGCGCAACCACCCGACACGGCGACACAGAUUCUCACGAAACCUCGCCUGCAGGAGCUGGUCCGGGAGAUUGAUCCCACCGAGCAGCUGGACGAGGAAGUGGAAGAGCUGCUGCUCCAGAUUGCGGACGACUUUGUCGAGAACACGGUCAACGCGGCGUGCCUGCUGGCCAAACACCGGAAGGUCGCCAAAGUUGAGGUCCGAGAUGUGCAGCUGCAUUUGGAACGCAACUGGAACAUGUGGAUUCCUGGAUUUGGAACCGACGAACUACGGCCGUACAAACGAGCUACCGUGACUGAAGCCCACAAACAGCGUUUGGCGCUGAUAAGGAAGGCAAUCAAAAAGUAUUAGAUAUCUAGAAACAACCCGUUUCAUGCGGCAUCUCAUCUCAAACAUUUCCCCCACAACCUGGACUCCCAACAAAUUCCUGUCAUGACUAAACUAGUAAUCUGGAUGUGUGUUCACCAUUGACAUUGUAUACAAACAGGAAUGUUCAACGCCAUUUCCGGCAAAAGAUUCGAAAUAAAAAUUUCGGUUUUAUUCCAUCGCGCAGUAAAA